CGUGGAUCACUGUGUUUCUGCCUCUCAGAUCAUAGCUGGCUAGGGCUGAACACCUGCAGACUAAAGAAAACUUACCAUCAUGUCGAAACCAGCUUACAAAGUCGCUGACAUCGGGCUUGCCGAGUGGGGCCGCAAAGCCAUUGAAAUUGCUGAGAAUGAGAUGCCCGGUCUGAUGAUGAUGAGGAAGAUGUACGGCCAGAGCAAACCUCUGCAGGGUGCCCGUAUCGCUGGCUGCCUUCACAUGACUGUCCAGACUGCUGUGCUCAUCGAGACCCUCGAAGCUUUGGGUGCCAAGGUCCAGUGGUCCAGCUGCAACAUCUUCUCCACACAAGACAACGCUGCCGCAGCCAUCGCCAAGGUUGGAAUCCCAGUCUACGCCUGGAAGGGAGAGACCGAUGAGGAGUACGUUUGGUGCAUCGAUCAGACUAUCUACUUCCCUGAUGGUCAACCCCUGAACAUGAUCUUGGAUGAUGGUGGAGAUUUGACCAACCUUGUCCACGAGAAGUACCCACAACUGCUUGCAGGAAUCAAGGGAUGCUCCGAGGAAACCACAACUGGUGUUCACAACUUGUACAAAAUGUUUGCCGCUGGCACACUCAAAAUCCCAGCUAUCAACGUCAACGAUUCCGUCACCAAGAGCAAGUUCGACAACUUGUACGGCUGCCGUGAGUCCCUGGUCGACGGCAUCAAGAGAGCCACUGAUGUGAUGUUGGCUGGCAAAGUGGCCGUCGUCGCUGGCUACGGUGAUGUGGGCAAAGGCUGCGCUCAGGCCCUUAGAGCUUUCGGAGCUCGUGUCAUCGUCACAGAGAUCGAUCCCAUCAACGCCCUUCAGGCUGCCAUGGAGGGCUAUGAGGUUGCCACCCUUGAGAAUACACUGAACGAGGCCCGUAUCUACGUGACAACCACCGGCUGCAAAGGUAUCCUGAGACCAGAGCACUUCUCCAACAUGUUGGAAGACACAAUUGUCUGCAACAUCGGACAUUUUGACUGUGAGAUUGAUGUGGCUUGGCUAAACGCCAACUGCGUGAAGAAAGAGGAAAUCAAACCCCAGGUCGACCGUUACACAAUGAAAAAUGGCCGCCACCUGAUCCUCCUGGCUGAGGGCCGUCUGGUCAACUUGGGCUGCGCUCAUGGUCACCCCAGCUUCGUGAUGAGCAAUUCCUUCACCAACCAAGUCCUUGCACAGAUUGAACUCUGGACCAAGACUUCCAACUACAAACUGGGCGUGCACAUGUUGCCCAAGAAGCUGGAUGAGGAAGUAGCCGCUGCCCACUUGGAACAUCUGGGUGUAGGACUGACCAAGCUGACCAAGGACCAAGCCGAAUACCUGGGCAUCCCACAGAACGGACCCUACAAGCCCAACCAUUAUAGAUACUAGAAAUCUCAACCUUAUUUGUAGAACUUUCAUUUUUGUGUAUGCCGGUACUGGGAUAUUGAUUGAAAUUAUUGUACACCAUGUGAAAAUUUGUUGAUACCAGCGUACAUUUUUAUUGAAAAGUCAAUCUCGGAUUCUGACUUGUAUCAGGUGCUUUACAAUAUCCUAGAACUACACAAAACGGUACGGUAAUUUGCCACCGUUUUUGAAUUGUUACUUAGGCCUCAUGAGCUGUAUAAACCUUUUGGGGCCAAGUUAGUCGAACGAAACAGUCUUGUGAACAAGAGUUCACGCCCUUUGAUCUUGAGUGCAUCCUGUCAUUGUUCAUAAUCGGCUAAGUCCAUCAACUUUUUUUUAUAUUCUUGUAAGUUAGUGCUCUGUGUUCAUUGUGAGCCUGAACGAGUGUGUGUGAGAGCUGUGAUAUGGCGAAGUGAGUGAAUGGAUUGAAUUCCUGUGGUGGACAAAACUGAUUUUGAUAACAAAAAUAAAGACAGAAAAACAUU